UUUGAAUCGUGCUGGCUAACUAGUAGCACGGAGAGAGAGAAAGCCUGUAUACACUGCACUGACCAGCCUCCCCCUCAUAUAUUUGGGGCAAACUUUGAGCUUCAUGCCUCUAUAAUUUCUCUCACAGUUUGCAGUUACUGCUGCUCAUCGUAACAGCCUUGGAUCAUCUGCUGUAGCUGACCUCCGGCACUUUGAUUAGUGUUUCCUCUGCUGCACAGUAGGACAGCGCAAUGGACCUCCACAAAAUCAUCCACAGUGCGCUGCACGAAUUUAUCCAGACUUACAUCCCUGAUGUCGAUCUCAGCAUGCUGGAUGAUGUUCUUCUGUCUUACAUCACUGGAGUCCUGGAGGAUCUGGGCUCCCAGCAGAGUGUGGAGGAGAACUUUGAUGUGGAGGUCUUUGCAGAGAUGCUAGAAGCUUACAUACCUGGCUUUGCCGAAAUUGAAAGUGUCAAAGUCUGUGAAAUGAUGUUCAGCCUGGCAACAAAACUAGCCACUGCUCGGACCUCAGCUGAUGAAGAAAACGUUGUGCCUAAAGAAAGGACAGAAGAGAUUUCAUUGAAACUCACCAACCUGCCCAUAGAACCUCCACCAGGAAGAGAAACACAGUGCCUUAAAACACAGACAGAGGGCGCCACUGCCAAGCCACCAGUGUCUGAGUGGGAGGCCCAGGAGCAACACCUGCUGGAGAUGUUUCCCAAGUGUAGCCUGUCCGAGGCUCGCAGCGCCCUGUCUAUUGCCAAAGGAGACAUGGAGGAGGCUGUGCGCCUUAUCAUAGAGGGUGAUGUCCAACUCAGCCCCACUCCUCUUAAUGUAAAUCAUGGGAAGAGUUUUUCCUCACUGGCAGACCAGAAACUUAAAGAGAGCAUCCUUGAGAAGUACAUGCUGGUGGACAAUGAGGAUGAUAACAAAACACACCGUCCUGUCGCCCCAAAAGAUGCUCCAAAGAAGCUGGUUCGGUACCACGGCAACCAGGUGGUAACCACAAAAGGAGAGCGAUAUCAGUUAGUGAAAAAAGACGAGACAGAGGACAUGAAGAAGACGUAUGUCAACCUGAAGCCUGCGCGAAAGUACAGAUUUCAUUGAUGACGAGCACAAUACUCUAAGAGCAGCUACUGACAGUAUUGUUUACACAGUUUAUAAUUUAUUACGUUUAUUUAGCUUGAAUUUGUUAGAUUUUUUCCCCAAGUAAAGGAAGAUAUUUGUUGUGUCCGUGGCUUAUUUUAAGACAUUGUUACCAUUAUAUGCCUUGGUUAAAACAUUACAGUGUUUCAGUUGUAUCACUUCCUUGAGGAGCUUUUGAAAUUUUGUGUGAUAUUUUGAUGGGAAUGUUGUAACUUGUGUUCUGUGUAACAGCCUAACCUAUUCUACUAAUAAUCUACUUUUUGCCAUCUCAGCAGGUCUGACGUUGCACUGACAUUAUUGUCUUUUUGAACCUCUUAAUCUUCUUUUCUAAUCUGUAUUUUCUUUGACUUAGUACAAUAUGGAUUCAGAAUUAUGACAUGCAGUUGUAGACAAGAAUCAGUUGUCGUUCCUGUAAAUAAGUUCUGGUGGUGCUGUAGAGUGUCUUCUGGACAUUACAUGUCGCAACUGCUUUUUAAUGUAAAUAUCAAAUCAUUGAUGCCAAUUUUAUUUAAAGUUCUAUUUUUACAUCAUGCAGGAAUACAGUGCUGUGAUCAUGUUUGGUCAAGCCUUCUGUUUUAAACUAUUUGUUGUGCUACAAAAUGGUUUUCAAAUGAAACUCUUUUAACAUACGUAUUGACUUUUUAAUGAACGUUUAUAUAGUAGGGUAGGCACAGUUCUAUGUGGCCAUGUGGUCUCCCUUUGAAUACCUACGGUGUGCUCCAUAAAGUCCAGAUUGUCAUAUUAAUGAUACACAAAUAGCAUUGUUUAUGUACGGAGGGUAGACUAUAGUGUGUACAGUCCUGAAUGUUGACUUAACAAUCUGGCCUGCAUGAAGUGGUUGAACUAUCUGGGUAACUCUGCUGAACAGAUAGUUUUUUGUUUUGUUUUGUUUUUUCUCGGUCCAUGUUCCAGAUUUGAGCAAAAUUAUCCAGAUAACUUUGGAUGAUGAAGGAGGUUCUGAGCUUCCAAGGCAGUUGAGAACCACUUUGAAUUGCCCUCAUAACAAGUUAAUAUUGUGCUAAGGCCACAGUUCUGAUUAGUUUUUAUUACCUUCUGUCACACCCUUAAGAAGGGUGUGGAGGGAUGUCUGUUCAUGCAGUGAUCUCACCUUUUUUACCCCCAACCUAUCCCUUAUCAUUUUAUCACUGAACUGUAAUGGAAAACACUUUAACUCUCAAUAAAUGAAUUGCUAGUAUAUUUUCUAGCACAGCAAAUUCAGUUCUCAAGGGGUGCCCAAACUAUUACAGCACAAUUGUUUUUGCCAUACUGAAGUGGAGGACUGUGGUUGCCCCCUAGAUGUUAAGCGAGACAUGCCGCUGGAUGACUUGAUUUUGAAGUUCAUUCCAACAGCAUUAUCUUUAUUUUUGAUAUAGAUGUUUAGAUUUGCAAAGUCUCCAAUCAUGUACUUAUGUAUGGCCUGCCGUGCGCUUUCAGGGUCUGUUUACAUGAUGUUACUGAAGUGGUCCUCUAUCACAGCUCCUUUCAUCUCAUUUGUGAUUUGUAAAUUUUUGCUUCGCUUGUCAUUGUUGGUUGUGGUUUUUUUUUUAUUAUGACUGGAUUCUUAUUUGAUUCUUGUUAGUUACAUAUAUUAGUAUAAAUGGGUUGGUCAGGGUUUUUUUACUAGUAUAUAUAUUGUUGUUUACUAUACUGUUGUUUAUUUGUGUUCCCCUCUGCAUCCAUUCGGAGCAACUAUAAGCAGUUUUUGAUUGGUGGUUUAAUAUAGUUUUCCUGAGUGUAGGUGUAACACAGUCAAGUGUCAGAAUGAUGUGUUACUGACACUUGCCAUUAUCAGCAGCAAUGUUGUCUUUAAUUACUAUAUGAUGGUGUUACUGUAGAGCAUCUGUUCAGUCACAACUGAGUUUUAACCCUGCGCUUUGACAAACUGCUAACGCACAAUUUAUAGUAAAUAAAUACUAAUUUUGUAUAU